UCCGCGGCGCGGGCCGCCCUGCUCUGGGCGCCGAGCCGGGGCCCGGGAAUGUCCCGGGCCCAGCGAGCUGAGACGCGCGCUCCGCUCCUCCCGGCUCCGCUGGUGUCUACACGGCCCGAGGCUCUCCGCGUUCCGAAAUGGCCGAGCAGUCGGACCAGACUGUCAAGUACUACACCCUGGAAGAGAUCCAGAAGCACAACCACAGCAAGAGCACCUGGUUGAUUCUGCACCACAAGGUGUACGAUUUGACCAAGUUCUUGGAGGAGCAUCCUGGUGGGGAAGAAGUGUUAAGGGAACAAGCUGGAGGGGAUGCUACUGAGAGUUUUGAGGACGUGGGACACUCUACAGACGCUAGAGAACUGUCCCAAACAUACAUCAUUGGGGAGCUCCAUCCGGAUGACAGAGCAAAGUUAGCCAAGCCUUCGCUGGUGGACCAACUGGGUGAUCCCAGCCAUCUCGGCGCUUGUGGUGGCUCUGAUGUAUCACCUCUAUACCGCGGAAGAUUAAACACAUUCUCAGAAGCCAAGGAAAGAGGAGACUGCUUUGGACCAGGGAGAAAGAAGCCAAUGUUAACUGCUUCAACUGACAGAAACCUUCACCUGAAAAAUAAUUUUAACAUACCUGUUUCCCUUUUCUCCUACUUCGAACCAAACCAAAAAGAACUCUUCUGUUCUUUCUACUCCUGAACUCUUAGAAUGUGCCUUUUGUUCAUCAACUUUUUUUGAUGUUUCAUCACUACAUAAUUUACUUAUUGUAAGCAUGAUCUUUUAAAAAUAUAUCUGGCUUUUAAAAUAUA